AUGGGGUCGCUGUUCGGCGGGUUGGGGAUGUCUGGCGUCACGCCGACGGGGCUGUCGUUCGGCGGGCUCAUCUCUCCCGGCGCGCUGCAGGCGGAUCUCGGCGCGAGCCUGGAGUUUCCCGCGGCGUCCGGCGGCGGCGGCGGCGGCGGCGGCGGCGGCGGCCUCGCCGCGGGGAUCCUAAACAACUCGCUCAACGCGAAGCACGCCGUGUUGAAGAGUUCCGCGAGCGCCGGCGGCGGGACGGUCGGGAACGGGAACGGGAACGGGAACGGGAACGGGAAGAAGGGCGACUUGCGGAUCGACAUCCCGGAGAAUACGUCGAAGACGAUCGAGGUGGCUGCGGCGCGCGGCGUCGGCGUCGGCGACGCGUCGGGCGCGAGCCCGAGCCCCGGGCCGCUGACGUCGCUCCUCAUGCGAGGCCCGGACGGUAUCAACCUGUCCGGCCGCGGGGACGGCGGGGGGAACGAGAAGGCGACGGAAGCCGCGGCGGCGGCGGCGGCGGUGCGCGCGGACGCGGCGAAGAGAGAAGAAGAGAAGGAGACGACCAAGCUGGCGGACGGCGGCGGGUCGUUCGCGCUGCCGGGUUUGGGCGGCGGCGACGUCGACGUCCCGUCCCCGACGGCGCUCGGCGGGAGGGAUAGGGCGGCGGGGGUGAAGCGGGCGAGGAACGCGUCCGUGAGCGAGCCGAGCCCGGGGACGGGGAAGCGCUCGACGCGAAGCAGAAAGUGA